AUGCUGCACGACUACCAGGCUCUUGGAAUCGUCACUUUCAGCGGCCGGUGCCAAGUCGCCCAUCCACUCGUGGUACUGAACACAACCGACGCUCGCGAUGGAAUCGCCAAAGUCAUUGACGGCUUAGUGUUGGGAGCGGGCACCUCGAUUGGUUGCGGACUUUCCAAAGCUACCGAGAUGCUCGAAGGCAACGGCACUUCGGCAAGGGGAGGGCUGGUCUUUCUGGUCACCGACGGCGACGAGAAUUACAAACCGUGGAUCGUCGAACAACUGCCGAUCCUUGUCUCCAGUGGAGUCAAGGUCAGCACGUUUGCCCUCGGAACUCUUGCCGAAAAGAAGCUGGAGGACGUGGCCCUCCAGACCGGAGGAACUGCUUACGCAUUCGGGAACCUCAAGGCCCACCCUAUCGCCGGCUUGACCGUCUCUUUUCUGCUCUCGACGACCGCAGCGAUGCCGAAAGAGGAGCAAUACGUCGUUCUGCUCGACGAGACAGAAGCGGUCAGCGGACGGAAAGAAUUCCCCUUCACCAUCCCGAAGGAGCUCGGCCACGAGACCAAGAUUCUCGUGACCACCCCGAAUGACGAAGACUACGACCUCAAAGUGGAGGACUCGAACGGCGAAGUCUGCGCUGCGUGUAACGUGACUCUGGGAAAUCAGUCCACCAACAUAGACAUGCCACGAACGAGCACGACCAACACCUGGAGAUUGGUCGUAAAGCCUAAAGCGGCUAGCAUCGCCAACAUCACGGUCGUGGUGCUUUCCAAGCAGCGGGUUCCUGGCCAAGACCCCAUCCGAGCCGAAAGCAGUGUCGAACACAACAAUCAGCAGACUCGCAUCUACACCAAGGUCACCAAAGGUACCGCUGCGGUCCUGGGUGCCUUGGUCACCGCCACAGUCACCUUUGGCGAACCUGGUGGAACUGGCGAGACGCUUCAACUUCUGGACAACGGAAUAGUAACUGAGAGAGAGGAAGCUCGUGAAAAGUAA